AUGGUGACCUAUUCCGUAACCACCGGUAACCACUAUAGUCGCCAGCGUGAAAAGCGCGCUGGCACGCCGCCAGAUGAAGUGGCCAAAGCCCCUGAGAAGGUCAGAGCCACUCAGCCUGCGCCGGAGAAGGAGAUCAGUGGCGAGGCGCUACAGAAGCGCGUGGCGGAGCUGAAACGCGAAAAGGCGCGCGCUGCGCAGAAGGUGAAACAUCUCAGCAGGCGAGUAGAGGAAGAAACUGCCAAGGAGCAACAAAGCUCCUUGCAGCUGGAAGAAUUGAGGCGUCGCAGUGCCGAGCUGAAGAGCAUGUGCCAGAAGAAGAAGUCUGAAGCAGAAAAGGCAGAGGCGGCAGCGCGUGGAGCGGAAGAAAAAGCGAAUGCAUUGAUGCGGCAAAGUGCUGAACUCCAGGACGAGGUGGCGCAGCAUCGACAAGAACUCCAACAGGAGGCUGGCUUGGGUCGCUGGCAUGGAGGUGACAUGGAAGGGGCCACCUGA